CUUUGAGGUCUUGCUCAGGACUAUGUUUCCCAGAAGGCUCGGCGGUAAUUGACAGCUCUGUCAGCUAAUGGACAGAGAAGAAUUCUAGUCAUGGAAACUGAGCAGCCAAUAGCAAGAGGACAGGGGCGGUAAGUUCCGGCUGCUGGCUGUGGAAGCUGGAGUCCCCACAGCCCUGUCGCGAAAGUCGGUCGGGUUCUGGGAGGGACCGCCUCGGGGUGGCGGGCCGAGUGUGGCUCGGCGGUGGAGGCCUCCUCACUUCCUGCUCCAUCCCCGGCUGGGCCCUGGGGCGCAACAUCUUGAUUGCUGAAUAAAUGACUGAUCCAUCCAGUAAUCGACUCUGACAAUCCUCCAAAAGGAACUGAUGACCCUCAAUGAUGUGGCUGGGGACUUCUGGGAAGAGUGGGUUACCUGGACACUGCUUAGAGAAUCCUCUUCAGGGAUGCCACCCAGCACAGUUAGAAGAAUGGGCCCUCAAAGAAAUUUCUAGACCUACUGUAGUCUCCCAGCUGGAGCAGAAAGAAGAGGCAUGGGUUCUACCACUCCAAAAUGAGGCGAGGAAAAUCCUGAGGGAAAGCCAGACAGACUUUGAGCAUCAGGUGGCAAAGCUCAAUCAGGACAUUUCUGAAACAGCAGAACAAUAUGGAACAUCCUCAGAAAGGACCAAUAAGGACUCUCAUAGCCUUGGUUGGGGAGGAAACUGGGAGAGAGGCCUAGAAUUAGAAGAGCAACAUGGAAGCCUUCCAGCAGAGGGCCAGCUUGAGCCCUUUUCACAGGAGAGGGAUUUAAACAAGUUCCUGGAUGGAUAUGUAGUAGGUCAGCAGCCCAUGUGUGAAGAAUGCGGGAAAAGCUUUAACCAGAGUUCCUAUCUCAUAAGACACCUAAGAACCCAUACUGGUGAGAGGCCUUAUACAUGCAUAGAGUGUGGGAAAAGCUUCAAACAGAGCUCAGACCUUGUCACCCAUUGCAUAACACAUACAGGAGAGAAGUCUUACCAGCAAGGGUGUGAGAAAAAGUUCAGCGACAGCUCAACAGUCAUUAAACAUCAAAGAACCCACACAGGAGAGAGACCCUAUGAGUGCAGUGUGGGAAGACUUGGGCAGGGGCCACAUCUCAUAAUGCACCAACAAACCCACACAGGCGAGAAGUCCUGCAUAUGCCUGGAAUGUCACAAAAGCUUCAGUCGAAGCUCAAAUUUCAUCACCCACCAGAGGACCCACACAGGCGUGAAGCCUUACAGCUGUAAUGACUAUGGGGAGUUUAGCCGGAGCUGGGAUUUGAUUAAGCACCAACGAACCCUCAUGGGAGAAUGGGAAUGGCCCUUCCAAUGCCCAGAGAGCAGGAAGGGCUUCAGAGAGAGUUCUCAUUUUGUAGCUCACCUGAGUACUCAUUCAGGAAGGUCUUUCAGUUGUCCCGACUGCUACAAAAGCUUCAGUCAGAGGUCAAAUUUGGUCAUGCAUCAGAGAACACACUCAGGUGAGUGUGAAAAUGGAAAAGCAUUUGCUGACAGCUCCGCCCUCAUUAAGCAUCAACAAAUCCACACAGGAGAAAGACCCUACAAAUGUGGAGAGUGUGGGAAAAGCUUCGAUCAGAGCUCCCACUUUAUCACCCAUCAGCGAAUUCACUUAGGAAACAGGCUUUAUCUAUGUCCUGAGUGUGGCAAGACCUUCAAUCAGCGUUCCCAUAUCCUCACACACCAGAGAACUCACACAGGGGAAAAACCUUUCCACUGUAGUAAAUAUGACAAGAGCUUCCAUCAGAAAGCGCAUCUUUUAUGCCAUCAAAACACCCACUUGAUUUAGGAAAUAGUCUUCAGUGAGUGGUUCUGCUGCUCCCUUGCAAAUUUUCAUUGCUUCUGUCUUUGAGCACCUCACCUAGAGAAAACCUGGUCACCAGUUGCUCACUUUGGCCCCUGAUCUCUUCUCCCUCUUUAUUUUCUAUGUUAUAACAGAGAGGAUAAACUUAGAGUCCAAAUAACAGUUUAAAUACAACAGGCAUUCCUGACUUUUAGUGAAAUGUGAGUUUAAUAGUUGAUGCCAGCCAGGCAUGGUGGCUCAUGCCUGUAAUCAUAGCACUUUUGGGAGGUUGAGGCAGGUAGAUCACUUGAGGUCAGGAGUUCGAGAUCAGCCUGGUCAACAUGGCAAAACCCCAUCUCUACUAAAAAUACAAAAAUUAGCCAGAUGUGGUGGCCCAUGCCUGUAGUCCCAGCUACUCGGGAGGCUGAAGCAGGAGAAUCACUUGAACCCGGGAGGUGUAGGUUGCAGUGAGCCCAGGACUGCACCAUUGCACUCCAGCCUGGGCAACAGAGCAAGACUCCAUCUCACUCAACAACAACAAAAGAAGUUGAUGCCUACUUACUAAAUGAGAAGUGAGAGCAAUGUGGCCUGGAGAUCACAUGUAAACCACCUAGUACAGUGCCUGGAACAAUGUAGAUGCUCAGUAAAUAAAUAGUCAUAUCAUUAUUCAUGAUUAAUAUUUGAGGUCUUAGAUAAAGCCUUUAAUGCAGUACCUGGCCCUUAAAAGACACUCAAUACAAGACUGGAGACUUUUAUCAGUCUUAUUACUGAAUUAGGAAUUUAUUAGUAUAGUUCCCACACCCCAAGCUCAGAACUUAGAGAAAUUAGAUUGGCACUAGAAGGUUUAGGGUUGGAAAACACGAAUAAAAUGUUAAUGCACUUUCAGUUCAGGCUGUGCAGGCAUUAGUCACCAGAUGUCUCACUGCCAUGACAAGGCAGAACUAUCGUAGAGGAUAUCUGCAGUCUUGUGGACUAGGAGGCUGAAAGAAUUACAGAGGCUCUUUGAGCAGCAGUGUAUGAAGUAUUUUCACACAGGAGGUUUGCUGUCAUCUGACAGAAAAUACCCUACAAUGAACAAUCCAGAGGAACCUGGUAGACGACUAUAGAAUUGUGGAAGCAAAAUUGCUGAGUGUCAAAUUAUAUUACAGGGAUCCUCCCUGGCAUUUAGCUGAAGAAAGCACCUCUUGUUUUCC